GCUUGGUGUAGCCGAAGUGCCCGAAGACCAAACCGAUGUCUCGCUCGCCACAACAUUGUCAAAUCAAACGCGAUCCAGAUUUUGACUUGAAAGGACGUGUAUUGUUGUUUGCUCCGUGUGAGGAAUUUCUGGGCUUGAAUAGCCAUUUUCUGUAUUGAAUCGCAGUCAGGCUGGUGCACUAAAUAUCCCCAGAACGGUUCAGAGGAAGAGAGAGAGUGGAGUGUGGUGGCGGAGAUUGUAGAGAGGAUUUUCAGGGAGCUGUUUUUGGUGAUAAGGAGAGAGGAAAGGGAGGUUUUUUUUGGUGGUUUGUUGGUGUCUCUCUGCUUCUUUCCUUUUUCCCUUUGCGGUUUCCUCUUCCCCCUCUCUUCUUCAGCUCGAAAAUGUCCAGCUUAGAGAUUGAUGGUCAAACUGUGGGUGAGCUAUGACAAUAAUCCUCUUCCUCAUUGACACAUCCGCCUCCAUGUGCCAGCGUGCGCAUGUGAAUGGUGUGCAAAAAUCCUACUUGGACAUCGCCAAGGGGGCCGUGGAGACAUUCCUCAAGUACCGUCAGCGUAGUCAGGAUUGUAUGGGUGAUCGGUAUAUGUUGCUGAGUUUUGAGGAUCCCCCGUCCAAUGUCAAAGCUGGCUGGAAGGAGAAUCAUGCCACGUUUAUGAAUGAACUGAAGAAUCUUCAGAGUACGGGGCUAACGUCAAUGGGUGAGGCACUGAAGAAUGCCUUUGAUCUGCUCAAUCUCAAUAGGAUGCAAUCGGGCAUUGAUACCUAUGGUCAGGGAAGGUGUCCAUUCUACCUGGAGACAUCAGUUAUCAUUGUGAUAACUGAUGGGGGAAAGUAUUCAUCGCGGAAUGGGGUUCAUAAUGAGAUUGUUCUGCCACUUCAUGCCCAAAUUCCGGGCACAAAGUUGACCAAGGAGCCAUUUCGAUGGGAUCAGAGAUUAUUUUCGCUGGUACUGAGGAUGGCUGGGAAUAAAGUGGAUGAGAGGGUUGAUGGGAAAGUGCCUCAUGAUGAUAGUCCCAUUGAGAAAAUGUGUGAAGUGACUGGAGGGAGAUCGUACAGGGUUAAAUCCCACUAUGUCCUCAAUCAGUGCAUAGAGAGUCUGGUGCAGAAGGUGCAACCGGGUGUUGUGGUGCAUUUUGAUCAGUUGGCCCCGAAGGAUCUCAAGGAUGGCGAAGUGCAGGAUAUUGCAUUUCAGACCACCAAAAAGAUGAUCUAUGUGCAGAAGCAUCCAUCACAGAAGACCUAUCCGGUUGGCUAUUGGCCAAUACCUGAACCCUACUGGCCAGAUCCAAAAGCCCUCUCCCUGCCACCCAGGGAUGCUCAUCCGAAAAUCCGUAUUGUAACACCGUGCAUUGAUGAGCCGCAGAUGGUGAGAAAUUUCCCAAUAGAUAAAUAUGAGCUGGAAGCAAGUCCACUGACCCUGCAGAUUCUGUCAAAGAGGGAAACGACAAAAUGUUGGUCGGUAAUUGUUUCCGGAAUGCACAGUUCUGAUGCUCCAUUUGGGUAUCUGAAAGCCAAUGCGACAUUUACCCAAGUCUACCUUAUGGUACUGCCAUAUAACUAUCCGGUUCUCCUGCCCCUACUCGGGGAUCUGUUCCACAAGUACAAUUCCAAUCCGCCCAAUGAUUGGAUCUACAAAUUUUCCAACUAUGUCCGGAACAUCCCACAGUACUAUUGUCCAUUUUUGCGUAGAGCUCUGGGCAGUGCUAGUGUUCCCUAUCAAUUGCUGCAGUACAUCAUUCCGGAGAAUUUGGACAGCUACCUGAGUCCGGCUGUGGCUAAUUAUUUGAAAAAUCUCAAGAAUACGGCCAAGCAGGAUCAGGAGAAUCUCUGUGUUAGGGUAUUUAAGCAGCUGAAGCAGCCAAAGCCGGCGUAUCAUCAGAUGGAGACGGUUAAAUUGAAUUGUGGACAGCAACUUAGGCGGGACUUGGUGUCCCAUCCAAUGCUCAGGGAUACCUUCAGCAAGAUCCACAGUGACAUCAGUAUCUAUGAAAAUUACACAAUAGUCAUCCCAACGGCCUAUGCUCCCAAUUCACCCAAGAACUACCGGAAUCCCUUUGAUAUUCCGCGAAAGGAGUUAAUUGAUGAGAUAGCUAGGAUGCGAGAGAAUUUCUUCAAGCUACCCACCACAGGAAUCAGUGUCUACACCAAAGAUGCUGGACAUUGUUUGCCCAUCUCCGAGAUGGGUAACUAUCAGGAGUAUCUGAAGAACAAGGAGACGCCGCUGAGGGAAAUUGAGCCGACAAAUGUGCGACAGCAUAUGUUUGGGAAUCCCUACAAGAAGGAUAAGCACAUGGUGAUGGUGGAUGAGGCGGAUUUGGGUGAUGUGGCACCCAUGAAGCCAAAUACUCCAAUGACAAAAAAAGUGGAUGGGAAGAUGACGAGGAAGCGAAAGGCAGGACCUAUAUCAAAAGAUUACAAAUUCCGCCGAAUGUCAACGGGAUCAAGGCAUUCGGCACCAGCUGCUCUCGGUGGGAUGAUGUCAGAUUCCGAAGAUGAGACUCUGAGUGAAGUUAGCUCAGUGGUUGAUGAUCCAGAUGAGCAGAGACUUAUUGUGGACUUUGAAUUCAAUGAGCCACCCACCGAUGAUUUUCCCAUCAAUGGCCAUGUGCAGAGUUUCAUUAAUGGUGAAAUUGAAGAUCCAGAAGACAUUGGAAUGCCCCUAAUGGCUCUUCCACCGGCAAAUGGUCCACCAGCAACUGCCCCAGUUCCACCUCAAUCACCUGCAACACCAGCCGUCGCUCCUCCAUCAAUAAUUGUCCAUCACAAUGACAUCAAUGAUGCCCAGGAGAUUUCCAAGAUUCUCCAGCAGUGUCACAAUGGCAAUGACUCCAGAUCCAUCUUCCAUGAUCGCAUCAGCAAUGUGGAAGUUGAACAAACACCCAGGCCCCUUGAUAUCUUCACCAAUCACAAAAUCGCAGAAGUUGCAGAAAUCCCAGAAGCCACCAUUACCACCAUCCCGGAAAUCACAAUAAAACCCGAACCGCCAGAGCUGGACGAAGAACAAAAAGAGAACAUCCGACAGGCAAAUCUAGAAACCCGCACAAUGAUCUUCAGGGAUAUACGACGUCCAGGCAGAGACUAUAGUCUCCUCCUUGAGCAUCUCAAUCUGGUCAAAGGGAAUUUUGAGACAAAAUUCAACUUUGUCCAAAUGUGCAUCAAUGAAUCAAUGCGUUUUCGGCGGAAACGCAUGGCAGACAGCAUUCAAGAAUGGUGGGAAAGACAAAUUGACAAAUUAGAAUCCAAUCCACACUUGAAUUGCUAAAAAAAAUAAAAAAGUGCGCGAGAUAGUGACGAUAAAAGGAGAAGAAAAAAAAACUUAUCACUCUCUACAGUGAAUGUGCGGGAUUUUUUUUGUGAGCAGCAAAUGGCCAGAAGAUGAGAAAAAAAGACCCACAAAAGGCAUGAUUUUUAUUUUAGCCAAACACCUUCAAUUCUUUUACCACAGAUUUUUAACUCCCCCAAGAAAUGCUACCCCCCUUUUAUUUUUUUCUUCAUUCCAUGCCAACCACAGACUUGAAUUGCAGAUAUAUUCUCAAGAAAGAAAACAAAUCAUUUGUAAAUCUAAUUGUCGAUUGAAAAGUAAUAAAAGGUCUACAGUGUCUUCA